AUGUUCUCCAUCCGAUUCAUGUGCCAGUGCUGCAGGCAGCCUCUGAAACUUGGGAAGUCUGCAGAGACCCUGGGCCUCAGCACCACCCAACAACUACCAGUUCCACUCCUCCCUUUGGCUCAAGGAAAGUCUGGAGGAAUCAAGGAGGAAGAUCCUACUUCCAUGAAGGAAACAGAUACUACAAAUCUACAGGAUGGUGCCUCUUGCAGACCCCUUCCUGAUGACAGCAUGAAGUCCUGGGAGACUUCCAUGUCCUGGGAGAAUUUCAACCCCUUCAUCCUACUCGGGGAUUUGAGUUCCAUGAGAACAAGCAGCCAGAAGGUCACUGCAGACAUAUUUGACAUCCUCUCUGGUGAGAAAGCUAUGGAUCACCCCCUGUGUGAGGAGUGCACUGACAACCUUCUUGAACAGCUAGACAUCCAACUCACAAUCACAGAGUCUACGAGUCAGAGCUACAGAAAUUGCUUGGAGACCAGGGAACUGACAACAGGUGAGAAUGAGAUGGAAACAUUGCAGAAGGAGCUGAAGGAUUUGGAGCUAGAAGAGGAAAGGCUAGUCCAAGAGCUGGGUAAUAUGGAGAAGAACUGGAAAAAGGCAGCAAGAGACCACGAGGCAGCCCAGGCAGAGACUGAAGCGCUGAACCAGCAAGAGAUACAGUACCUGAGGGACUGCAGUGCCUUGAAACGUCAAGAACUGGAAUUGUUUGAUGAGCUGAGGAGCUUGGAGAACCAGCUGAAAUAUACCCAGAUCCACUUGGACCAACUGGCAAAAACCAGUAUCUUCAAUAUGACAUUUGAUAUCCAGUAUGAAGGCCCUUUGGGCAUCAUCAAUAACUUCAAAUUGGGCUGCCUCCCCACUGUUCCCGUAAGCUGGAAUGAAAUCAGCGCUGCCUGGGGGCAGACAGCUCUACUGCUCCUUGUCCUUUCCAAGAAAAUGGGAAUGGAAUUUCAGAGAUAUCAACUUAUCCCCUGUGGAAACCAUUCCUAUCUGAAGUCUCUAACAGAUGACUCUGUUGAACUGCCUUUGUUUUGUUUUGAGGGGCAGAGUGUCUUCUUGGAUAAGUUUGACCUUGCAAUGGUGGCUUUCCUGGACUGUUUGCAGCAAUUCAAGGAAGAGGCUGAGAAAGUGGGACUCUGCCUGCCCUACAGGAUCGAUGUGGAGAGGGGACAGAUGGAAGACCUUGGAGAUGGUGUUGAAUGCUAUUGCAUCAGAACCUUCUUGAACACCGAGGAGCAGUGGACAAAGACACUCAAAUUCAUGCUUGUAAACUUGGAGUGGGCUCUUGUUUGGUCUCCUUAA